AUGCAAUCGAUUAGGCGAAAGUGGCAAAAUUUUCGAACUUAUCGAAGACUUCAAGAACUAUGGAACGAAUACAAAGCAUUAGCAAGCAUAGAGUAAGCUCCAAUUAGUACCAAAAUUAAAGAUUUAGCGCCUCUCAGCAACUUUUUAGAUUCCUUCCAAAAUGCGGUAAAGGAGUUUUACAAUUCUUCUGACCGUAGAGCACAAAUUGAGCAAAUAUUCGGAGACUGUACCGAGUUGCUCGACCUUUUAUUUCAGCAUUUAAAGCAUUACCUCGAAGAAGAAGGUCUACAGCCAAAUGAACAGAAUUUAGGCAUAUUUCUCAACAAACUUCUUGAAGCUCUUGAACUAUUAGUACGUAGCGAGCACUAUCGUAAGUAUGUAGAGCGUUCCCCUGAGAUGAUCAACAAUAUUAUCACGCUUUUCGAAAGAGUUGACGAUGAACAAGCCCGAGUCUUAGCAUUGCGAUUAGUGAACAGCUUUAGCAUUGAAGGGAAAAAAGAAGUAUGCAAAAAUGGAGGCUUACAAAAAAUCAUGCAAUUGCUGCUGGAUAAAAAUGAAAAGCUGACAAGGGAGGUCAUAAAGACAAUAAAACAGUUUUUGGACGCCAAACCUAUUGAAAUUGUGGAAAACAAUGAAGGGAUUAGAGUCAAAAUUAAAAAAGUGAUAGGAGGAGUCACCAAACUUGCAUGGAGCUUGUUCCCGAAUGAUGACUCUCAGAGAUCAGUUAAUCAGUCUAUGGAAGAAGAGGAUGAGCCGACGAUUUUCCCACCCUCUGAGUCCAUGAUAAGGGCUGCUACAAAUAACUAUAUAGAACGAUUUCAAGCAAUAGAAGAGGCUGAAAGAUGUCUCUCAGCAGGAAAUUCUCCUGUUAAAGAAGAAUCCAAAAACGAAAUUAUUGAUGAGUUUUCACAAGUCCAAGGAGCAGUUACCACUAUUGUUACAGCUUUGCAUCAAGCUGCUGUAGAGGUUCAACUAGAUUUAAUGGAAACAUUGAGUAUUCUUUUAGAGCAUAACGUGAAAAAUCAAAAAGAAUUCAGAAAAGUUGAAGGCUAUGACUUAAUUUGUGACUGUUUUAACAAAAUUAAAACAGAAACCACCAGCAGUAUUGAAUUCCUUGGUGGAUGCUUCAAAAUCCUGAAAACCAUAGUUAUGGAUGGAAGAAAGUCAGACCAUAUUGGAAACCUCAAAGCAUUUGAAUUAUUAGGAAAAUUAUCUGCCACUUCACCUAAUAUAUGGAUAGUAAAAGGAGCAAUUUCGACCUUAAGGCAUAUCAUUGAAGUCAACUGGAAAAACGUGCUAUGCUUCUAUGAAAAAGAAAACCUAGAAAAUCUAGAAAUUGCUUUACAAAGAAUUGUGCUGAGAACUGAGAAUCCUAUAGGGUUUUAUAAAGAUGGAGAACUUCAAGACAUUUUGGCUGAGGAAAGGCUGGAUUUGUUAAAAUCAUUUGACGAUUUAACCAGGAAUUUAAGCUUCAUAAUGGGAAAUGCUUGGGAAAAAAAUGUUGCGAUGAUUAAGAUAUAUGGGAGCUGCAUAAAAAAUAACGCGAGAGAGAUAGAAAAAGAAUACUUAGCAAUCCUAAGUGAGACUUUAUCAAGUAUGAUAAGUGAUCUAAAUGCUAGAUGCUCAAAUAGGACUUUGCUAGCGAAAAACGCAUUCCUCUCCUCAUUUGAUGGGAUGAGAAUUGCAGCUAUAGCGUCAUUAGAAGUUUUAAAUGUUUCAGAAGAGUGCGCGUUGCCUAUCCUAUGCCACUUAAUCCAGUUUGAGCUCUUAUAUACUGAGCUUAUAUUAUCUUCUCCAAUGGCUAUAGAUUCCAAGCUAACCUUAUUCACAGCAGACCAAGUCCGCGAGUUUUCUAAACUGAGGGGCUUUGGGCCUACUGGAGAAUGGAUAUUUGAAAGGUCUCUUCUAACUAAAGUGGGUAUUGAAAAUAUUUCUGACGUCUUAGUCAGUUUAGUGAAAGCUGGAGAAGUCGAAUUUGCAACUAAAAUUCUUAUACUGGAUGAUUAUGCAAAUAUUGACAAAUUUAGAGGAUUUGCAGCAAGAGAAGAGUUUUUAAGCAGUGGAGGAUUUGAAUUGAUCAUAGAGCACAUCACAGAAGAACCUUAUCAAAACUUGUUAUUUGCGUCUACAAAGAACUCUGGAGAGCUUAAACUAAGGAUCAAUAAUUUAAUUUCCCAUAAAGAGCUAGCAAAUACGUUGCCACUUACAAGCCUAUCUUUGCAUUUAUUGUUAGAUCUUAGCAUAGAGUCAGGGUACUUGGAGCACUCCGGGUAUAUUUCUCAGCUUUUAAGUACAUUACCUACCUAUCAAUCAGAUCUGAUUCUUUCUGCUGUUCAUCCUAAAUAUUUAUUCGACCCUCAUACUAAUAGUAGACAUGGCAGUACUGCUCCAUCAAGCUCUAUAGCUCAGCCUUUUACUCCGACGAUUUCUUGCUGCAAUGCGUUUGAAAUGAGCCAUAGUAACUUAAAGCUACUUAAUACUCCUCAAAUAGUAGGUUUAUUGAUUUAUCUGCUUAAGUCAGCACAUGAUAUACAAGUUGAAGGGAUUAAAUGCUUGCAUGCUUUAUCAAGAUUUUACUUGAAUAAGAAAAUUUUAUAUUUGCUGCAGGUCCCCAAAAUUUUAUUGAAAACCCUAGAACUAUUUUCUCAGCCUGCAGCUGAGCAUUGCUUGAAACUUUUAGAGUCAACUUUGACAUACUCAGUAAGCAAAGAAGAGGCCGGGCUUCUGUUACAGAUUAUUAAAAAUGAAAACCAUCCUUAUCAGAAACAAGUCCAAGGGAUAUUGUCUAAGUGUUUACAGCUUGAAUUAGCUAGUUCUUUUUAUUAUCUUGACAACACCAGACUAGACUCCCCAGAACUUGUAUCAUUUCCGAAAAACGGGUACUCACUGUCUUUCUGGAUCAAAAUUAAAAGAUCAAGCUCUGACCAAAUUCCUAUAUUUUCAUGGGUCGACCAUAACAAAGGGCUUGUGCUGUUUCAGCUUUCAUAUAAAAAUUGCCACAACUCUGAUAAAAAACUUUUACCAUUUGACUUAAUAAAAAAUUCAAGCCUAAUCCAGUCACAAAUUAUCGUAAAUGCCCCAAUUCAAACAUUUUUACAGUCAGCUGACAGCUCUUGUCAAUUUGAUUUUGAGUUUACUGAUAGGUGGCAGCAUUUUGUAUUAGUCCAUGGUAAACAAGGGGUCACAAUUUAUAUAAAUGGUAAACAAUACGCACUGUUUAAGUGCAGUUAUUUUGCAGGAUUAAAAGAAAAAUAUGCAAUAACAGGGAUUUUUGGGGACAAAGAAAUGAUAUCUAUGGUGUCUAAAAUAAAUUGCCUAGAAGGCUGUUUAGAUCCAGCUGUAAUUUCAUCAAUGUAUUCUGAAGGAUUAUUGGGAGAAACCAAUUUCUCUGAGACAAAAUCAGUGUUUAAGCUUCCUGAAGAAGAAAAAAAGCAAGAACUCUCAAAUUUGAUAGAAAUCGCCCAUGAAUUGCCAGAAGAAACACCUGAAGGCACAAUAAAAGUUGGCAAUAUUUGGCUUACUCAUAAAGGUGUUCUCAACCAAAUUGAAAAUUCAAACUUUUACCAAGCCACCACAAUUAAGCAGUCACUCUAUGAAAUCCAAGCCCUCCCAGAGUUUAUCGCAAUAAUGAAAACUGAGCUCCAGCCAAGAGCAAUUGAAUAUAUUUGUGAGCUCAUUACAAAAUCGCCAAAUAAUUACCAAAAUUUCUUAGAUAUAGGAGGCUGGAACUCAGUCAUGACUUUAGUCGCAAAUUACAAAGAAUACGCCAGUGCUGACUCAAUAGAAUGCCUCAUAUCUGCGAUCUCAAAUGUUCCUCAAGCUCAUAUAUCUUUGAGAAAAAUGAUUGUUAUGAAAAUCGAAACAAUCCCAGUUAUCCCUCAAAACAGAAUUGGCGGGUUGUGUGCUUUGCUUAACUUAAUAUGUGUUUUGCCUCCAAAUCUCAUAUCAGGCGUCAUUGAAGAAAUCAGCAACUUAAUGUGCCAUGAAGAAAAUGCAAAAAUAUUUUUAAGCUCUGAAGUGAAUGGUUUCCAAGUCCUUAUUGAUUUAAUAAAAAAACAGACAGAAAAAGAAUACCAUUGUUUAGAGUAUCAUUCACUUUCUUUGUUUGAACAUUUAGUUAUUUCGAUGGGACAGGAGCAUCUUGAUAACUUGCUUGAUCUUUUUACUUUCCAAGAGCUUAAAACUCAUCUUGCAUGUAUGGAAAACUCAGCUGUGUCUAUGCUGAGCAUAAUAAGUCUUCAUAUUUUUAUUGGGAAUCAAGCACUUUUAGAGAAGUUUUUAAAUGCAGAUGGGGGGGUUUUGCUGUUUGGUAUUCUUUCGAGCCCUUCUGAAGCUAUUAGAUGUGCAGCUAUCAAGUUUAUUGGGCUGCUGCUCCAUAUGUCAGUGAAGCUCUUUAGGAGCUGGUUUUUCAAAGUCCGUGGCUUUGAUAUGAUAAACAGUGUUCUGCAGAAACAAAAAAAUAAUAAAUACACUUACCAAAUGCUCCUUAUACUUGCCCAAAAUGGUUUUAACCAAGUAGGCUUGUUAUAUCCUCCAGAGUCAGGGAUUCUAAAAACAAUUAUCAAUCUAUCCUCUAUUGCAGCCAAAGCAAUUCCAAACCAAGGCCCAGAGCCAGUCAAAAGAAUUGUGUUUCCUGAAGCAUUAGAAGUCUUAAUAGAUUUGUUAAAGCAAGAAACCAAUGAAGAGCUUAUUUCUGACGUAUUCAGAUCAAUAGAAAUCAUUCUUGACCCAGAAAACUGUGAAAAGCUGCUUGAGGUUCCAUUUUUAACGUGGUGUGCUAAGCUAGUUAAAUCUGAUGAGCAGCAGCCAAUUGGAUUUUACCAAAGGCCAAGGGACGAUAAGCACUUAUUCCAAAUUUACAAAGUCGUUACAAGGCUCUGCUAUUUCGACAUGAACAGGGCACCUAAAGCAAUUAAAUUCAUACAUUGGCUGAAUAAAACAAUUGAUGCUGAUGAGUAUCGAGCAAGGCUGGUUGAAAGCAUCAUUUCUUGUAUUGAAAGCAGCCCAAAUAUGGACACACCCGGACUUGUGAACAACCAGACAAAUUUCUUAAAAAAUCUUAUGGCUUUCUUGCAAAAUAAUGACGUCCUUAUGACCAGGGUGGACCUCAGCUCCAGAGUUAUGCAUUUAAUAAACUUAUUAGCUUCUGAAAAUACAUCAGCAUUCCGAGCCCAAAUGAAAAAUACUGCUUAUUUUGAGUUUAGAGACGAUUUGAUGAUCCAGUUCUUCAAAGAAGACCUCCCUAAAGAAGAGUACAUUGAAAUCCUGAGGCACUUUUCUUUUGAAGGUCUAGCUUCUCAGCCGAAAUUCAGAGAAUCCAGCACAAUUUUUUAUUUUAUUAAGCUUCUAAUUGAGUUCCAGUCAAGCCCAGAUAUCCAGAUAGAAAUUUUAAAUAUUUUCAAAAAAGACAUAUGUGUCCAUGAUGAAAAUAAAAAGUUUUUGAGGAAAUCAAUGGACAAUAAAAACUUCUUGGAGUUCAUAUUAGGGUCAAGGCUUGAUGAAAAUAUCAAUGCAAUUGCCCAUUGUUUUAGAUCAAAUUUAUCAAGUAAGCUUGAACAAGAAGAGGAGGAUGAUACACUAAGUGAAAAUGCUACUCAGGAAGAGUUUUUGGCGUGGCUUAACUCUUCUGAAAAGAGACUAAAGCAGAUGUCAGCACAGAUAGCAAAAUUCAUAGCUCCUAUUGAUCAAGACUAUAAAAAACAAAGGGCAAAAAUACUGGAUAUGAAAACAGCGAAACGAAAGAAAGCUUUUGAUGCAAUGAUAAAAGAAAAAACAACAGUUCAGAGAUGUGUCCAAGAUCUAGAACUCAAGCUGAUGACAUUAGGAGAAAGGUGCAAGCUGCGCUUCCAAAACCAUCGAAAUGAUUACUCCCAACGCUUGUCGGUAUCUGCAAGGAAAAGUCUAUAA